GGUACGUACAAAUUUUCAUGUCUUUACCAUUACUUGCCCAUUGUCCAAAAUUUAACAUUCGGAAUUGCUUUAAAUAAAAGGUCUAGGCUAGUCAAAAACAUGUUUUUUUUUAUAAAAAAAAAAAGAAUAACUUUUGGGGAGUAUUGAUAUCCAUCCAUAUCCGAUUCUAGAUUUCUAGAUAGCCACCGGGCACCACAGCUCAGCACAGUGAGUCUUAGAAAUUGAACAUCUUGGAAUUGGCUUUAUAAAGUAAAAGAAGAGGCGCAGAUGUCCCUACUCCAGAAGGGCCUGUGCUGUGUCUUUGACAUCCGUAAUAAUGUAAGGUCACUCAGGCUCCCAUCAUGCAGCACCAGAAUCAGAAAUUUCCAUGCCCCAAACAACUCCAAUUCUCCACUCCAAUCAUUGACACGUGGUAAAUCACGGAGGAUGAUUUCGAAACCUAUAUCAGCGGCUCUUCCCGCUCCACCGCCACUUGACCUCACAGAAAACAACGUGAAACAGGUUUUAGAGGACGCUCGAAAGGAGCUGGGUCAAAUCUUUGACUCCUCUGUUGGUAUCACUGGAGUGGUGGAACUUGCUGACUUGGAUGGGCCUUUUGUCAAGAUUAGCCUCAAGGGUCGGUUUUGGCACAAACGUUCCACUGUUCUUGCCAGAGUCGCUAAUUAUCUCAAACAGAGGAUCCCUGAGAUUUUAGAAGUUGACAUUGAAGACGAGAAACAAUUGGAUGACAGUCCUGAGAAUUUUUAAGGUACUGUGCAUGGCUUGCCGCUCUUUCAAUUUUGUUCUAUAGUUGGCCUUCGACUAGCCGAUUCCCUUGAUAAGAGAUUUUGUUUAGUGUGGAUGAGAAGCUGUUGAAAAAUAAUCACUAUGGGAAUAUCUGUGUACUAGUUGUGCUAUCUUUGUUAGUACAUGUUAUUGUUACUUACACAUGGAACUUUCUCACGUAGUUCUCAUUAUCACCCAUUUCUCUUUUUCUCCUUUCCUUUUAUUUCACAAUCAAUGGUGCACAUUCCGUAUGUCAGAUUAUGUGCACAAAAUGUACCACCAACACUUUGGUCUUUCGGAUACCGCCUUUAUGGUGUCAUUGGUUAGAGUCACCCAACAGCACAAACUCUUAUAGGGAAAAUUCUGGCUUGAAUUGUCCAUAUCCCCAUCAUUUGGCAGAAUAUUCAAGUUUCCAUUUUGUCUAGUUCGAGAUUUCAGUGACGAGCAAAGGUGGGUUGGUAUGGGUUGGUAGAUAAGUAGCGAAAUAAUAUUUCCAAGUAUUUGAGUUUUGAUCGAGUUCAACAAUGUCAUGUGAUCUAUACUUAGCAAGAUAAGGUUAUUAUUGUUGUUGUUAAAUAGUUCAGGGAGAGAGGUAAGAGGAGCUCGGCUUAUUAUGGACUUGUUUGGAUAAGCUUCUCUUGAAACACUUCUUGGAUGAUAAAAUAAGAAAAACAGAAUGAAAUGAGUUUCUCCAUAAGUUAAAAUGACCUCUCCAUUUGCUAAUCAUUAGUAAUUUGUAGAUGUCCUCUCAUCUUUUGGAGAAGUUAUAUGAGAGUUUCUACAAAUUAGCUAAUGGUCAGCUAAUGGAGAGCUCAUUUUAGCUUAUGGAGAAACUCAUCUCAUUUUUUUCUUCUUAUUUUCUUAAUUACCAAUAGCUGGUGGCACUCAAAUGUUGGAUUAUAAAACUGCAACACAUGCUGAUUUGUUUGUUGAUACUAUUGUUUAUAUUGUUUUAUACUGCAUUUAAGUAUUUACA